CUUAUCAAAUUGCAAAUAAACCACAAUGAAAACAAAAGAGCAAGCCCACCGUCAUCGUCUCCAUUCCCUCCCUGUCUUCGUCGCUGAGAAAUCCAAUCGUCUUCGAUGGAACAUAGCCCAGUGAGGAACGCAGCUCAUCUCCGGUUGGUGUCUCAAAAUGCAGAAGAGGGAAAAAUGACAGCAGCAGCUAAGCUGUCUUUCGAAGAAACAGAUACGCAAUGCUUCAUACUUCCUGUUCUGGCUGGUGUCUCACUCAUAUUCAGGUACGUACUGUGUGCCAGUGCAGAUCGGAUCUUUUGAUAGCCGAAGGAGUGGAAUCAUUUACAAAAAAAAAAGAAAAAGAAAAGACCGCCGCUGCACAAACGUUCCAUCUCUGUCGCACGC